UCGGACGUGUUCGGUAAGCCAGACUUGCGUCAUCUGUGUUUUGGGUCAUAACAAAAACACGUUUACGAAACUUACGACGUCAUCUCGUUCUUUCCCGCGCGCGUAAACCAAGUCAAAAAAGAGAAGUGAAAAAAAACUAGCCCAAGAAACGGGCAGCAAAACAAAACCGAAAGCAAAAGACCCAUCGUCAUCAGCAUUAUCAGCGCACAUAAUGGAAAUGGCGCUCCUAACAAUCAUGUAAAAUUGGUGUAAAAUGCAGACGAGAUGCUGGUGGCCCGGAAUCAAGGAAAUGGGAAUCGUGCGAAAGGCAAUAACGCAUCAAAUUGGUAUUAGAAGUUGUUACUCCGACGCCCCGACACUAACUACUUAUAUAUGUAUAUAUAAAAAAGGCGUGCGGCAGCUGGGGCGUGGCCACAGUGAUACAAAUUGCACAAGUAGAACCAUCAACCGCUGCGGGCCCACACAACGUUCUGACUGCCUGUCGCUGGUUGCAACAUAAAAGUCAAUUAAUGUACAAUUACAACAACAUCACCAGGAACACCAGCAACAGGAACAGCCCGAGCAACUGGCUUCAAAACGCAAAGAAAGCAUACGAAGAAGGAGACGUCGGCGGCGAGGAGUGAACAGAAAUUACUGCAAAUUACACGCAACGAGUCCUGAAAGCUGCGGUCCAAGUUGGAGCAAGAGCCGGAAGCCGAGUGGUCCGAGGAGGAGGAGUCGGUGUACCAGAACCUAGAGCUGGUCCCAUCAACGCCACCACCACCAUUACCACCAAGACGACCGCCUCCCAGUCGCCAUCGCCAUCACCAUCAUCGCCAUCAGCCACUCCACUGCCAUCUAUUGUCCAGCGGUGGUGGCAGCGACAACAACAACGAUAACGAGAACGAAAAGGACGAGGACGAGGACGAGGACGAAGGCGGCGGCAACAAAAUGACUUUCGUUAACAAGCUGAGCAAAAGCUUCCGCUGGCUCCGCUGCUCGACAUUGUGCGCAAUUUUGUUUUAUAUGUUCUUCAUUGGCCUGAUCCUGCACAGCACCAGCCAGAGGCUGCAGCACCAGCUAAAGGAGCAGGGCAGCAGCAGCAGCAGCAGUAGCAGCAGCAGUAGCAGUAGCACGCAGGCAGACACAAAAAUGGCGCCCAACGUGGGACAUAAUGGUGCCCAACGUUGGCCGAAUUCGCUACAGGAACUAGAGCAACAAAAACAUGAGGAAAAGCUGAGGUCUCAGCCCGUAGAAAACAAUUUUGAUUCGGGGAAUGAGUAUCACCAGAAGCAGCACCAGGACCAGCGCCAUCCCCAACACAAUCCCCAAAAAGUGCAAAGUGCGGCUGCCAGCAAUGCCAGCAAAUCCCCUAACCAGCCAGAAACAGUUAUUUUAGCGGCCAGCAAUGUGAAUGAGAAGCAAAUACUGGCAAAAGCUUUCAAACGAGCCGAUCGCAAUCGUGAUGGCAUUUUGUCCAUCCAGGAGUUGGGUCAGUACAUCAACCGCCGGAUCGUGGAGCACAUUGAUGAGGCUAUAAUGAACAACGUACGAGAGUUCCGGCGCGUGGAUAUCGGACCUGCCGAUGGACUGAUCACCUGGGAUGAGUAUCAUCGGUUCUUUCUUAGGGAGCAUGGCAUGACAGAGGCUGACAUCGAUGAGCAUGAUGAGAUCCGUCACACAGCUUUGAAUCGUAAGGCCAGGGAGGACAUGAUGAGAGACAAGGCCCGAUGGUCGGAGGCAGCUCGAACGGAUCUCUUUACGUUGACCAUCGAUGAGUAUUUGAGUUUCCGUCAUCCGGAGUCCAGUGUAUCCAAUCUUUUGGAGCUCGUGGAUGAUCUGCUGCGACAGUUCGAUGAGGAUGGGGAUGAUCAGUUGACUUUGGAGGAGUUCUCUGACUUAAAUGUGGAUGAUGAUGAUGACCUGAUGAGGAAAUCUCUGAUAUCCAAGACGUUAGUAGAGAGAAGAGAGGAGUUUAAGCGGAUCAUUGAUAAAAACCACGACGGCAAGGCCGAUCGUGGAGAGCUUUUGAACUAUGUUAACCCGAAGACUCCAAGAUAUGCCCUCCAGGAGGCGGCUACUCUGUUUAGCCUGUGCGAUGAGAACAAGGAUGAGCUGUUGACUCUCAAGGAGAUGACUGACCACGCUGAGAUAUUUCUGCAAUCCAAAAUGAUCGACACGGCGAAUAGUUUUCACACCGAAUUCUAGUUUUAUUCUUCACCAUCACUAACCUUACCCAUUUGAGCAUUUAUAGUGAUAUUAAUUUGUAAGUUCUUGCACCUAAAAUAGCUAAUUUAGUAGCAAAGCGUGUUUAUGUUAAUAUACUUUUUACGAACCGCUAAGAUCAAAUGUAAAGCAUAAAAAAGAGACAACAAAUAAAAUCAUUUCCUGUGUGAUUUUUCAAUAAUUAACUUUUAAGGAUGCAAAGCAAAACAAUAUUUGACACGAAAUACUCAAAAUAAAUAUACGUAAUUGUA